AUGAUUAUUAACUUGUUCUUUCUUCAGGUCAGCUACCGAGAGCUCUUUGAGAAUGUGAGAGGCAAGAAAAUCUUGGAUAAUCCCGAUGGCCACAACGCAGCAGUCAUCCUCACGACGCCAAGCUUUGCCAGGGACCUUGAAAAUGCUGACAUCAUGGGCCAAUUUGCCAAAUUGAUGGCCGGUUCCGCAGAUUUAGGGAAAUUUCAUGUUCUAAGUGCCGUCGUCGACCACCUUGCAGCUCCAACAGGGUCACUUAGAUCGCACCAGGGAGUAUCAGUUCUACGAGGCCAUUUGGACCAUAUGUUACCGCAUUUAUGGCAGCCAUUACCGCCAAAGUCCAAGGAUGAUGCAGAUUCGGUAUCUGCGUUGACAUUCAGCCUUGGAGACCCCUCAGUGACGCUGCCCCUGGCCAGAACUACAUUCCACAACAGCAGACCGUCCACGCUCUUGACAUCUGAGUUUGACCUGGCCCAUAGUGUGCCUCGACUCACCCAACAGGCCGAAAAGCACUCACAGUUUGUGAAAGUCUCGCUGGACCAUGAUAUCGAGUCACUGGCGCAUCUUGAUAUGUGGGCACCUCUGAUGCCACUGACUCAACCGCGAACUGUGACUGAAAGCUUUGGGAACAUCAUUCGAGGUAUCGAGGUUGAUGGGAAUACUAUUCCAGCAUCUACCGAACUAGAAGACAUUGUGAACAAGCUUCACAAGCAAAAUGGCCCGUCUGGCGUUUUAUCUGGCCCAGUAGGAGUCUGGGCAAUGGUUACCCCUGACCCUAACGCAUCAGGCGCGCUAGAAGAAUGGUUCGAGGAAGCUCCAGAGCCAAUAACGGCGCUGCCAGAUGUCGAGGAUAUCAGGGAAACUGUAGAACAAACAGCUCAACAUCUCAAGCUGCUUUACAGCCACGGCGGUCGCUUGUACAAGAUAUUGAGCGGGGGCGGCGGAUGGGGAGCCAAAAAGGGACUGUUGUCUCUGGAUCCUCAGCGCGCGCACUUUUCUUUUUCAGAGGAAGAAGAAAUGCAAAACUUUAUACAGUCGAUGAAUGGCGGAGGCUUCACUCCCGAGGGCUCACAGAUUCAGUUUUUCAUGUCUGCACCGGCUCUGCCAGAGAAUACUGCGGAGCCCUUUACGCCUGGAGUUGUCUUUGGCAUUUCUGGAGAUGUUGCUGUUCCCGAGGAAGCUGAUCCGAUAAAGGGCUUCAUAGGACAGCAUUUUGGCGCGCUUUCAAACUCGGCCAUUUAUCUCUCUGGGCAAGGGCUGCCGGGUGGUAAGGAGACGAAGCUGAGCGUGCCACACUCUAGAGUGUACAGCAGAGAAUCUGAGGUCAAGAUGGGUGCUUUUGAAAACCUCGCGUAUGAGCUGGCAGAUGUUGGAACAAUAGCACUUGCAGGGCUGAAGCAUUGA